CUCCCAGCCCCCCCCAUGCCUCCGGCUCUGAAGCCAAGGGCGGUGGGAGAAGGUGAGCAGGACCCACUGCAUCAUGAAAACCCCACAACGGGCAGGGGGGCGCACCGACCAGAUGCUGGGGGCUAUGGGGGAUAUCCUGACAUCGCUGGCCCUGCCCAGCCAACAGUGGGUCUGUGUUGGCCCCAGAUCAAAGGUGUCUGUCUCAGUCAUGCCUGGCUAGGGUCCUCCCUAUCCCCCAGACACCUCUGGAGUUUUUCUGCCUUCUCUGCUGCUAUUGGGAUGUUUUCCUUGCUUCAGACUAAGCUGAGAUCCGCAGCCCUUGGGCUGCCAGACCUGUGUUCCCAGGAGGAGGGAGCUGAGAUGCAACCCCAGGCUAGCAGCAAUGUUGAGAGAUCCUUCCAGGACAACAGUGAACAGCAUCAUGUGGAAGCCCAGCAUGGAGCCCCAGAGGCCCAAGCCACAGAAGAAGAUCCUUACUCCGUUGCAGGCAGCGAUGGCAGCAUCUCUGCCUCAGUGGCUUCAAUCCAGCCGCAGGCAUCCAGCAGCUCGGCUCCCAGCUCCCCCGCCUCCCGCCACUCGGUCAGCACCCUCAAGAAGUGGCUGACCAACCCUGUGCGUAAACUAAGUGCCGGUGGGCUACCUCGGGGCGAACGCCCACUCAGGAAACCAGAGGGACGGACUCGGCGACAUGGGCGCCAGGAAGAUCGCAAGAGCAUCGACUUGGGCCAGCUGGGGCAAGCAGAGCGGCCCUUUGCUGUACCCCAGGAUUCAAUUGGCAUGGAUAGCAACACUCAUCUCCCAGACCUUUCCCUGCUCUCCAGCCUGCGAGAAGGGAACGGCUCAGGAAGACGCACACAGGGCCCUGACUCCUUUCUGAUCCCUAGAGACCCCCAAAGCCCCGAGCCCCUUUUGGAACCUCCUGUGCCACCCCCAGCCUCUGAGGAACAGGAAGAGGAGGAGAGGCGCAGUGCCUUAGAAAAGAGUAUGUUUGUUCUCAGGGAGUUGAUUGAGACUGAGAAGAUGUACGUGGAGGACCUGGGCCAGAUUGUGGAGGGCUAUUUGGCGACCAUGAAUGUCCGUGGCAUCCCGGAGGGAAUGAAGGGCAAGGACAAGAUAAUCUUUGGGAACAUCCACCAGAUCUAUGACUGGCACAAAGAUUAUUUACUCAGGCAGCUGGAGAGGUGCCUGGAGAACCCUGAUCUGCUGGCUGAACUGUUCAUAAAGCACGAGCGCCGUUUGCACAUGUAUGUUGUUUACUGUCAGAACAAACCCAAAUCUGAGCAUAUUGUGUCCGAGUUUAUUGACACUUACUUUGAGGAACUGAAGCAGGAACUGGGGCACCGCUUGCAGCUCAACGACUUGCUCAUCAAACCUGUACAGCGGAUCAUGAAAUACCAGCUGCUGCUCAAGGAUUUCCUGAAGUACUAUGGCAAAGCUGGCAAGGACACGGAACAGCUGGAGAGAGCUGUGGAGGUGAUGUGUUUUGUUCCUAAGCGCUGCAAUGACAUGAUGAAUGUGGGGCGUCUUCAGGGUUUUGAGGGGAAACUGACAGCACAGGGAAAGCUGUUGCAGCAGGACACCUUCUGGGUGACGGAGCAGGCAGGUGGGAUCCUGGCCCGGGGUCGUGAGCGCCGAGUCUUUCUCUUUGAGCAGAUUGUCAUCCUAAGUGAGACCCUGGAGCGGCGGCGUGGUCCAUAUGCCGCUCCAACUUAUGCCUUCAAGAGCAGCAUCAAGGUAAGCUGUUUGGGCCUGGAGCCCUGUGUGGACAAUGAUCCCUGCAAAUUUGCACUGAUCUCCCGAGGCGCAGAACGGGGCACCAUCCGUUACGUACUGCAGGCAGCAACGUCAGAAAUUGCCCAGGCCUGGGUGGCUGACAUCAGCCUCAUCUUGGAGACACAACGUGACUUCCUCAAUGCGUUGCAAUCACCGAUAGAGUACCAGCGUCGGGAGAGCAAAACCCACAGCCUAGGCCGGACUGGAGUCUCCCAUCACUCACUGCCUGGUGGACCCUCCCGGCCCAGCUCCUCAGUCUCCAUGGACCAGAACAAGGGAUCCAGCCUCCAGCCUCACAAUGCCUCCCUGCCGUCCCUUUAUCUUCCUGGCCCAGCCCAGCCUGAGCAUCAGCCCUACGUUGAGCCAUCUCGCAGCCAAAGCUCUCCAGGGCCUGGACCAGUUCACAUACCUUCUGAUGGCUUUGAGAUGCAGCUGUCCAGUUCCCCCGAGCAGGAGCCCCUGCACAUGGCCCUGAGUGAUGAAGAUGCCAGGCCACUGCUUCCUGAUCCUGAAGUCCCGGAAAUCAGUUUCCCUCAAGGCUGUGCCCAACUUGCCAAACUUGAUGAGGAUGAGCUGUGACUCUUGGACUGUGGGAAAGCCCCUGUCAGGCCCAGGGACUUUGACUGGGGAGAUAUUAUGGCCCUGUCCUCCUCCUCUGUCCUCUCUCCUUCGGGUGUCUCUGAGGGAAAGAGAGAGACAGCAGCAACAGCAUCGUGGUGGAAACUCUUGUUGUCCUCUGGUUCUGCUGUUUGCCCAGAUGUCCCCCAUCCUAUAAAGGAGUUCAGCACCCCCACUUUGGGACCAGAGAACACUGCUGGAGGCCCCCCCUUUUCUCCAGACCCCUGUAUAUGCAUGCUGUGGGGCUCUAGGGGCUUCAGGUCAGGGCUCUUGGAGGAGGGCAGUUGGAUUGUGUGAAAUGAGAAUUUUAUUUUGUUUGUUGUAAUAAAGAUUUUAGUUAAAACAAAAAAGGCAAAUUGUUCCAGGGCCCUGCAUCAUCAUAACAACAUAAGAACAUAAGAAGAGCCUGCUGGAUCAGGCCAGUGGCCCAUCUAGUCCAGCAUCCUGUUCUCACAGUGGCCAACCAGGUGCCUGGGGGAAGCCCGCAAGCAGGACCCGAGUGCAAGAACACUCUCCCCUCCCGAGGCUUCCGGCAACUGGUUUUCAGAA